UCCCCUUUACGCAGCACAGCAGGUUCCCAAAGAAACCUGCGUUAUUACCUCGCAGUACGUGACGAAUUACCCAUUUCACUUUGGUUCUUAACCGCCGUCUGGAUAUACAAAGCAAUGUGAUUAUCAAUGGACUAUGAAUGGCUACCACAGCAGAGCUGGUUCACACCUUUGAACAUUAACCUAUUAACAUAAUUGUGAGAAGAAAUGUUCUUCUUUGAAAGUAGUACUGCUUUGGAAGUGCAUAAAAUACAUCGCGAUAGAAGAAGAUGAAACAUUUUGGAGUGGCUCAUAUUUAGGCACAUACAUCGAUUGUCUUAUGCAAGCCUCAGGGACGGAGGCUAGCUGGUACUGACUGGAAGUUAUCACGGUCAUGUUUAGGGAGCGGACCCGCUAUUGUCAAAGUAGAGAUGAAAUGACCAAUGGGUACAUGUACUGAAAAGAAUAAAAUAUUUUCAUUCAGAUACUGGUUUUCUCGCUUACUUUGCCUCUGAAACCAGGUGAUUAGCCCGUACCUUGUGGAUAAACUUUCGCUGAAUACUUCCCUCUUCUCUACCACCGAUUCCAGGAAGCUUUCAACAUCCGCAGAUGUUCUUUCAUCUCCACUUCAGGUCUGGAGUAUCAUCUAUAGUUAGUGACCAAGAAGAUUGCUUUAAAAGGGGCUAAAGUAAAGAACCAACAUUACCUGAGCGUCGCUUUUGAAUCCCAAUAUUGACUUUGAUUAUUUGAGUUUCGUCUGACUACUGGACGUUGACAAACAGACCAACAAGAGGGACUUUACUCAUCGUUCUUCCCUACGUCAAUAUUAUCGCGUGAAUGAGGUAGUAAAGCCAAAUUGGAGCACUUUCUCUUUCAAAAAAGGGGAAAUAUUUGGUUACCGAUAAUUAUAUCCUUUACGUUAAACAUGAAUCCUCUAGCGUGCAUCCAAAAUAUAUUUCCUCUGAUUAUUUUAUCGAUAUUCGGGUCGUUUGCUCUGUCUCAGCAGGCAGAGUCAUCGAGACAGAUGAGGCAUGCGAGGGGUACUGCGGGGGAUACAGAGUUGGAGAAGCUACAACUGACGGAAGAAGAACUCUUGCAGGACCUGGAAGACCUGCACCGCCUCGUUCGACGGGGAGCGGAGGACCUGACAAGCCUUAAUUGCCCUCCUUGUGAGCGGCUUCACUGCAGCCCCAAGAAGGCCUCCAAACUCAACUGUAAGGGCGAGAUCACGUUGGGAGUAUGUAACUGUUGCCCAAGGUGCGCCAAAGUAGAAGGAGAGAGCUGUGGAGGAAAGUGGGAUUAUCUUGGACGUUGUGAGUCGGGAUCAGAAUGUGCGCCCGAUACCAGUACGGGAAUACAGAUUAACAGCCAACCUCAACAAGGAGUCUGCAGGAGAAGAUUGAGUGUACCAGUUGAAGCACAUGGUGACUGGAGUCAUGACCAACCUCCUCCCGGCCCGCCAACAUGUGAACCUAAAUGCACGCCAGAAUUCUGCAGAACCAACUCUAAAGCCAUUUGCUCUGCAACAGAUAAUGCAGAUGUCCCUCAGAGUUGCCAAGGUCAGUGUCAGCACACGUCCUGCCUAGCAUGUCAGUUCAUCACCGAGGAGCCUGACUGCGGCCGCUGCUCUACGGAUGACUUUAGGUGUAUUCGACGCUAUGCAAAGUGUCUACGAAGAAACCACUGCUCAAAGCGGUACUUCCCUUGCCUCCUGAAAGAAACACCGGAAUUAACAGGAAAGUUCCAGUGCAAAGUACCAGAGUGCAGCACCAGUUUAUAAGAGCACGCUUCAUCUUUAACCAUAGCAGUUCAGAAGUUACUAAAGAUCUCAAUCAAUCAAAUUUCACUCCUCAAAAUUGGCAACUUCUAUUUUUAUCUUUCAAUCUUACAUAGCUGAAAACAAAUAAUCAAAAGAUGUAAGGUGACACUGAACUGCUGUGGGAUAUCUUAGUUAUUGAGACCAAAGUACUUUUGUUUUUAAAUAUCAUAACAAAGUGUUAACCUUUAAGCAAUAAAAACCUUUCAAAAAGUGAAGAAGAAAAAAAAGGUGGAAUGAAAAAUCCAAACUACUGGUUAGAUUAUUACCGGUAAUCAGCAAUUAAAAUAUUUUUCAUUUAUUUACAACUGUAAAUUCACCAAGAUUGUUAUGGUUGGCAGGAAAAGGUUCAAUCAUACAAUCUGAAACUCAUUAACCCCAAUACUAUGUGAUUGGAAAGAGGCUGUACAAGUUUGGGGAAAAUCCUACUCAUUGGCUAACUCAUUGGCUAACAAGACAAAUAAAUAGAUAUUAACAAAUCAUUAAUCAAAUCACAAACAUUGUUUGGAUUCAUACAUUCAUGUACCAAGUUGAUAUCAUGUCCAUCAUUUGUGCUUUGGUUUAAAAACUUGAAUGGUGUCCAUAACCAAUGACCACAAUGGGACAUACCUAACAAAAGAAUAUUUUGUGCACAAUUUUUUAAUAAAAUAAUUUUCUUGUUAUUGUAUAGAGUAUAAUAAGAAUCAAGAUGACCAAUUGUAAUGAAAUUAAAUUGAUGGUAUGACAAGAAAAUCUAUAGAAUGAUCAGAAAUAUAUUGCAAACUGGAGGGAAAUAUUUGACUACAGAUGAAGGAAGAGUUAUUCGGUUAGAAUUUAAUUUCAAGUGUGUGUUUUCAUCAGGAGGGCUAAAUUCAUUGAAGAAUCACAAACGUAAUUACAAAAUAUAUCAAGAUAAAAACUGACUACAAAAUUGUAUCCUCUCAAGAUAGGAAUACUGGAAUAAAACAGUAGGACUGACAUUUUUCAUUGAUACUUUUUUGUUAUCCUAAUGCAAGAUGAAAAUAGAUAUUCCUUUAAUGCUUAAUUCUCCUUCUUCCUGAUUGUUCACUAUAUUGUAAGUCUGAUAUCAACAAAGCAUAGUUCUAAUACAAGGGAUUAACAUCUGUGCAAAUGACUUCCUUUAAAAAUUUGAUUUUUACUGUAAAUAAUGUAGGCUUUAAUUUAUUGAAUAUGAAUAACGAUCAUGCUAAUUGUACAUAUUUGGAUGAAUGCAAAUGAUGUGAAAUCGUGAAUACAUGUUUAUCAGUUCUUUUGUGUUUAGUUAUUGUGGAAUUAUGAAUUUAAUAACAGUUCUUGAGAACUGACACAGUAGAAUAAAAAAAUAGCAGGAAAUAACAUACAUGUAGAUAUGUCUUUUGACAUGUUUUUUUUUUUAGGAGGGGGGGGGGGGGGAGCUAAAACCUGGAGAGAAAAGUCCUGGACUAGUAUCCAAUGAAAUUAAUUUCCUCGAUUUAACCAGUACACUGAAUUACCAAUUCUAAAGAGGGUAGAAUAAUAGAAAUAUAAAUUAAUUAAUUGAGAACAAAAGUGCUGGCAUAUAUGUGAGUGUAUAUGACAAAUGAUUGUAUUCAUGCUUGGACUGACUAUUGUAUCAUAAUUAUGUUUUUCUGUUUUGUUUUCAAAGUUGAAUUCCUGACAAAAUUGUUUGUGUGAAAAAUUGUUACUUUUGUACAUAUUCUUAUUUAUUUGCAUAAUAAAAUGCUAAAUUAAAGUUUAAAAUUG